UGAUAAUGUAGAUUAUUUCAAGUACCAUUUUAAGGUUUCGUACCAUUUCCUAUUUUGAAGAAAAGGAUAUUGCAUCUAAGGGGUUCUUCUUCUCAGUUUACUGUUGCUGGCUUGCCGCAGGCGAGCGAGUGAGCGACCUCACUUCAAUUCAGAGGCUGAGGUAUUAUAAUCAGUUCCUUGAAUCUUUUUGCCUAUGCGUAUUCCUGUGAAUGUCAACGAAUAUCCAGAAACCGUCUCCACCAAUUUCCUUGAAGUUCUCAUUUGAGCUGAAAUCUGAAACACCGUUCCCGCAUUUUAUCAAAUGGUUUGAGCUCAAUAUAUAAUUCAUUCUACGCCUCUUACUAUCUCAACUCAAGUGCGCUUCAAAAAUGAAUUUGCAGCUCAACCAUACAUUUUCUUCCCCUUCUUCUCCAUUUUACUAUUCCCAGACUCUUCUGGUUUUGGCACCGCUGAAAAUUCGAUGCUCUCUAAGAAGCCCCGAACCGGGCUCGGCCCCCGAAGUCUCUGUCAGUAAAUUAACGAGCGAAGCGCCGAUUCCGCUCCGUGCGAGAAAAUUUGUGAGGUCCGUGAGAAGGGAUGCCGAGGCUGCACUGUUCGAUUACUUGCAUUGCACCAGAGGGUUCAGUUAUCUUGAUUCUGAGCUAAUUAGUAGGAACUCACCUCGUUUUCUUAGAUACUUGGUCUCAAAGAUAAGGCGAGAUGAGAAGGAUGUGGCGGGUGCUUUAACUCGUUUCUUCAGGUACCAUCCCAUUAAUGAGUUUGAACCUUUUUUUGAGAGUUUGGGUUUAGGCCGAUAUGAUGUUGCUUGCUUACUUCCUGAUAACAUGAUGUUCUUGACUGAUGACACCACCUUGCUUGAUAACUAUCAUGUUCUGUUUGAUUAUGGUGUUCCUCACACUAAGAUUGGGAAGAUUUUUAAAGAAGCUGGUGAGGUAUUUAGAUAUGGCUAUGGAGUGUUGAAUAUGAAAUUAAGGGAUUUUGAAAAUUUAGGCUUAUGUCAAUCCACAGUCAUUGACCUGGUUAUUUGCUGCCCUAAUCUUUUGCUUCCUGGGAAGAAAGAUGAGUUCAUUGUGGUUCUUGAUAAACUGAAAGAUAUAGGGUUUGAAAGUGAUUGGAUUGUGAGUUGCCUUUCCAGCAAACAGACCUACAACUGGAGGAGAGUACUUGACACAACGUGUUUCCUUAGUGAAAUUAGUUAUAGCAAUCCGCAGAUGAUCACUCUGGUUAAGGCAAAUCCGGCUUUGUUAUUCGAAGGGACUCAGGCUUACUUACUGGUAACCCAACUAGUGAAGUUGGGUCUUAGCAGAAACACGAUAUAUCUCUGGUUUACGGAAAACCCAAAGAUCCUAACUUUAAAUCACGCGAAACGCAUCUGUAAAGCAAUUAAGUUUCUGCUUGAGAUUGGGAUGGAUAGAGAGAACAUUGCAAGAACGGUAUCAACUAACAUACAAGUGAUUGGCAAAUAUCCUCUAAAAUAUCCAAACUUUGUGUUGAAGGAUUUCAAGGGAGAUAGGGCUCGUUUGUCUAAGAUCAUACAAAAAGAUCCUAUGAACCUUCUCAGAUUAGCAUCCAAUUGGGAAACCAAAAGCUUGUGGAAAAGAACUGAACUUUCCAAUUUGAAGCUGAAAAAAGCGUUCUUGUUGAGGUUAGGGUAUGUGAAGAAUUCUGAUGAGAUGAAAAAAGUCUUUAAGUCGGUCGAGGCGAGGGGAGAUCUAUUACAGGAACGGUUCGAUUGUCUUGUAGAAGCUGGUUUGGACAGAAAUGAUGUCGUGCAAAUGUUCAGACGAACUCCAAAGAUGUUGAAUGGUACAAAAGAAGAGAUUCUGAAGAAGAUUGAGAUUUUGAAGAAGUAUUCAUCGUUUGGUGUGGAAUCAAUCGUGCGUUUUCCCACAUUUCUCACCUAUGGUAAUUACAGAAUAAAAUGUAGAUUAUCCAUGUAUGAAUGGGGGAAGGAAAGGGGGGUGUUGAGGCCGACGCUGACAUUAAGCACUAUUCUUGUUUCCACUGAAGGACGUUUUUUGAAGUAUUAUGUUAAUGUACAUCCAUAUGGUCCUGCCAUGUGGGAGAGUUUGAAAAUACGAUUUCUUUCAAGCUAAUAAUAAGGGCAUUAGGCCACUCUUUUGGUAUUUUCUUUUUCUUUUUCUACAUCUGCUAUUACACGCGUAGUCUGUUUGAUGAGCUGAACUAUGCUAAAAUGAGUUAAUAAAGUUACUGGGAUAGCACACUUGAAUUGUUGAACACC